AUGGCGGCAGCUACCAACCUCACGGAGAGCACUGCAGCGUUUGAAAAGCAGGCCGCGAACUUGGGGCUGGAAGAUGGUUGGAUUCAAGCUUUGAAGAAUGCCGGGGUCACAACAUUGGGGCGGUUGGCCUUCAGUUGUGGUCAGCCUGGGACGCCAGUCACCGAACAAGACGUUCGCAACCUGAUGACGGCAAGUGACCCUGGUGGCAGGAUUACGGUUGGGGACCUUGCAACAAUGAGAAGGUUGAUCUUCGAAGCACAAACUGCCGUAGUUGCCUUGGCCAGAUCUCAAGCCGACCCGAAUGCUGAUCCAACCUUGAGGAAAAUGCCACCGGCAGAACGGAGCUCACGCAUCGCCAAUCAACGUGUGAGGCUCCAAGGAUUGUCAAUGGAAGGGAACAUGGAGGUGGCUCACCAGGUCUACGACCAGCUGAAUGGAAUGAUGGAGGCUGACACCUUGAAGUACCUGGCACUGUCGAAGUGCAUCACGCGGAUGCAAGAGAUCACUUCAGCAAAGCCUCCCAAAGAGCUGAAGCUGGACACCAGUGGCACUGGAAUUACGGUCAAAGACUCAAUUACAGAGCAGCAAUGCUCAACUGGCACAGAACUGGACCUGUUGGAGGCCAUGACGCGCCGGAGCCUUGCCUUUGAUGCAAUGGGUUUGGUCGACUUUCACAUCUUCCAGAAAUGGAUUCAAUACCUCUUCAACUUGAUGCGUCAGCCUCCGCCGCCAAACUUCAAGGCACCCACGUUGACACAGUUGCUCAGGGCAGACCGUCAAGCAUUUGUUCGACUUCAGGAGUUGAGCCGCGACGGCAUCAAACCCCACGCAGAUGGGACUCGGCCUUUGGACGCCUUGAUCGACAACCUCCCCAAGGACCACACAGUCGUGUACUACAUGCUGCCCACAGCCCAGGAGAAGACGCACCCAAAGCCUGCGAAGCCGGCAACGCAGAAAACAGAAACUGCGUCAUGGAAGAACUGGAGCAACGAAAAGAGUUCUUCAUGGAAGAGUGCAAAGCAGACACAAUGGAAGAAGGGCAGCGGCAAAACUGGUGGAUCCGGGAAGUUGCCCUACCAGUUGAAGAAUUGUGCCUCGGCCACGCCAGAAGGCAAACGGUUGUGCUUCGCCUACAACAUCGAUGGUUGUGACAAGGCAGCAGCAGGUGGCCUAACGGCCCAACUGCGAGCGCUUGGCUUGACCUCCAGCUACGGAGUCGAUCGAGUCGUGAAACCAAGAUCCAAGUGCCCCAUCGUCAAGGUUGACCUCACAACUCCACAUGGCGAAGCACUUGCCAAGAGCUGGUUAUCGAAUCCACUCUGUGCUUACGCGCAUUGGGGCAUCCCUUGCGGUACUGCAUCUCGGGCUCGCGAGAUCGACCUCAACGAUGGAGAAUAUCAGCCACAGCCCUUGAGGAAUGAUGCAUACCCUGAAGGUCUCCCAUGGCUGACAGGAGACGAUGCAGAACGAGUUCGGCUAGCAAACAAAGUGUACGAGGUCUGUUGUCGCUUGAUUCUGUUUUGCCACUUCAACAACAUCAGAUGGUCGCUAGAACAACCAGAGCGAUCCAUUUUCUGGCUGACCAAAUUUUGGAGAAUGGUUUUGCAGCAUCUCACGCCCAUCUACGUCGUGUUCAGUGCCUGCAUGUACGGUGGCAGCCGACCCAACAGAACUGCGAUCGCCACCGACAUCAAAGAGCUGCAGGAGUUGGCAUGUGACUGCACUGGAAAUCACAAACACUUGCCAUGGGGCCGAACAAAAACAGGCUUCGCGACAGCUGCGGAGGUUGAAUACCCGUUGGAGUUAUGCAAAGCUUGGGCAGCGGCCGUUUUCCGUAGCAUCUCCAAACAGUUCGACCUUGAGCUGUCCGUCCUGCCGGCACAUCCCGACAAGAAAGCCAGGGCAAGUACAGUCAAACAAACUCGUAAGUCCCUGGCAUUUAUGCAAGAUUACAGCCAUGUUGAAACAGCACGUUUCCAGAGAGCACCAAAGUUUCGUGUUGGCUCCAAGCUGCCUGCCACCCUUGGCGCCGACGAUGCCACCUUGCCAGCAUAUGCCCGCAUCCUCCGCAUCUCCCAGAUCCCUUCUCACCAAGACGGGGGGAAGAGCAGUGAGAAGGCAACCAUGUUUGAAGUGGCAUUUGGCGUUCCAUGGAGUGAAGAAGCAUUCAUCAAAGAAGCGCUACUCAGGGGGCACCCAGUGCACCUGUUCGAGAGUUUGCACUCCAACCUCUCCAAUGCCAUUCGUAGCAAUGUGAACGAAAAGCCCGAAAAGAUCGUGACCGACAGAGCAGCAUGGUUCAAGAAAUGGACUCGUAGAGCGCUGGAGCUCAGAAAACAAGAAGCAGACCUGCACAAGAAGAUGCCUAGCCAUAGAAGACAGAUCCUCGAAGGAAAAAGGAUCCUGUUGCUCAGGGAGAUCAUUGAGGACAUGAACUACCCGGACCCCGGCAUUGUGGAUCUCAUCGAGAAGGGGUUUGAUUUGGUUGGCGAGGCAGGAGGAGGGCUCGUUCUGCCCAGAGAUUUUGAGCCAGCGACCAUGUCCAUCCAGGACCUUGCCGACCAUGCCAAAAGUAGCAACGAGGCCAUCUUUCAUUCCACCAAGUCCAGUGGCGACAGUGAGGUCGACGAAGAACUAUGGAAGAAGACUUGCAAGGAGGUGGAAAAGGGCUGGCUCUCACGCCUUCCACUCUCUGAGGUGCCCCAUGGCCGUCUGUCUCGGAGGUUCGCAGUCGUUCAAGGAGGCAAAGUUCGACCCAUCGACAACUACUCUGAGAGCCAAGUCAAUGAUGCCGUCAACGUCACAAGCAAGUGCACGGUGGACGGAACGGAUUGCAUCGCUGCCAUGAUUGCCGAGUACAUGCGCCUGUGCGAGGUCAAGUCUGUGAACCCCGAGUUGCUUGGCAGAAGUUUCGACUUGAAGAGUGCAUACCGGCAGCUGGCGGUCUCAGACUCUUCUUUGAAGUGGGCACGGCUGGCCGUCUACAACCCGAGCCUCAAGAUCACCGAGGUGUUUCAGCAGCACUCUUUGCCGUUCGGCGCCAAGGCGUCUGUGAUUGGAUUUCUCAGAUGCGCCAGGCUGAUCCAGUGGCUCGCUCACUCCUUGAGCAUCAUGGUCACGUGUUACUUCGAUGACUACGUUUGCGUGGCCCCCAGCAACUUAGCCAGGAACACAGACCAGUCGUUCUGCCUCUUGCUGGACCUGUUGGGAUGGAGAUAUGGCGUGAGUGGCGAGAAGUCUGACAGCAUGAGCCACGAGAUCUCCGCGCUGGGGGUGAUGGUUGAUCUUUCCGAGACCUCAGAGGGUAGAGUCAUGGUUCGCAACACGGAGAAGCGGAAGCACGACCUCUCGAACCAGAUCGAUCGUGCCCUGUCGAGCCGAAGGUUGACCACUCAUGAAGCAACUUCUCUCAAAGGCCGCUUGGGAUUCGCAGAAGGUCAACUUUUUGGACGGGCGACCAAGCGAUUGAUCAAUGUUCUUGGUCAGCAUGUGUUGCGCCCUCCGAAACGUGGAGUACUGAGCGAUGAAACGGUGAGCGCCAUGCUUCAAGUCAAGGGACGGUUGUUGAAUGCCCAGCCUCGUCUCGUGAAAGCUGAUGUGGGAGACGUUUUCUUCUUGUUCACGGACGCUUGCUUCGACUGUGAAGCCAAAGAGGGUGGUGUCGGUGGAGUGUUGAUCGACCAGACUGGUUGUGUAGUGAGCUGGUUUGGUGGAGAAGCAAGCCGCGACUUUUGUGAAUCCUUCAUGGCUGAGGAUCAGGAGCAGGCGAUUGGAGAACUUGAAGCCUUCGUUGUCCUAGUCGCCUUCCGAGUGUGGCAGGACCUGGUGCGGUCCAAACAUUUGUUGUGUUUCAUCGACAAUGAAGCCGCAAGGUAUUUGAUUUUGAAGGGGUAUUCCAAGAACCCGGUUCUUUGCAACAUCGUGCACCACCUCGCCAAAGUCGAAGAGGAGUUGUUCGUUUUGCCAUGGUACGCUAGAGUGCCUUCAGAGUGCAACAUAGCUGAUCCACCAUCAAGAUCGGUGCCUCACGAAUUGUUGCCGGAAACCUCAAGGGUUCCUAUGCCAGACUUGAGGUCAGUGCUGGAUGAAGCGAGCAAGCCUUUGAGCGCCUCCUGA